CUUAUUUUCUUACUUAGAACCACCUAUACGACCAUUGAACACUUAAAACAAACAGCAGUUUUUGGUCAACUCAUGCAAGGGGGUAUAGGGGUCAAAGAGUUCUCUGCUAAUAUCAAAAAGAUUAGUAAAAUAGCUAGAAUGUCUCCUGAGCAACAAAGAGAGCAAUUUAUUCGUGAUUUAAAUCCUAUGAACCAGUAUAAUAUUCGAAUGAUGGCUAAGUUUAAUGAUACGCAAGACAAUAUUAUAGAAGUCUUAGCCGAAGCAGAAAGAUUUACACUAUCUCAAAAGAAUACACCAUCCUCUUUUCCAAUUUUUCCGACAGCCAAUCCUUAUGCAGAUGCUAACAAAUCAGAAAUGACUAAAACUGAAAUCGUGGAUUUGAUAAAAACUACAAUAGCUUCCUCACAACCUCAAAUAGCUCAACAGAAUGCCAAUUUGCAGUCUACCAUUAAAUCCUUUCAAGAGACUAUGUCUUGA